GAGCCCUGUUGCUUCGUAAUUGAAUACCUUGAAAGUCGAGGGAAAAGGUCUUACAAUACGCACGAGCUUCCUCUGAUCUUUUUCAACAUUGAAUUCGAACUCCAAUCGACCUAUACGCUCACACAAGUUCACAGCCCACCUCAAUCAUUGACAAGCGCUAUCAAGAGUUUGACAUCCGUUCCCUCAGUAUUUAUCCUUUUGCAACUGCGCGCCUGCCGCGCUAGCACAACUCGUUUGAACGACUAUCUAACAUUCCUAAUAUACAUCGUCGACGAUACGUUUUUCCGUCUCAUACUCGACAUAAUUGAAAUCGACCUCGGGCUUGCUUUAAGCGCUAGGACCGUUAUAUCCUCCUUUCAAUCUCAGAUCUUGAAGAACGAUAAGUGACUGUCUUUCUGCCAGCCUUCUGACUGCGAGAUAUAACGGCAAGCUUGCUGGGCAAGUAAUUGUUCAUAUUGGACCCAUUUGUCUGAAUCAAAGCAUACAAUUUUGUCCUCCAAGCGCAGCCUCCAAGCUGAUCGCAAACACACUUACUUCAAUAUGGCAGCCGUAAUUUCUCCAACGUCUCCAGCUACGUCCCCACCACCAGUUAGUUCUCCCUCAUCGAACCCUAACCAUCCUUCCCUCCCACCUUUAAACACUUCACCAACCGCAAAGCGACCAAAUUUGCAACGUCCUACAUCUCAUGCCUCAAAGAAUAGGUUAUCACAAUACUCGAAUUAUUCUGCGCCGUCUCGUUCGCGACCUCCCUCACAUAUCUUUCCGGUCUUUCAUUCUAGUCUUUCAUACACGACAGUUCGCGAUUUCGCAUACCCUUCUCUGCAUCCUAUGCACUAUGGACCGCCUCCAGAGCCGUCUCAACCACCAUCCGGUCUUUCGACACCAGCUAGCGAAUCGCAUAAACGAUUGUCAGAUCCUCCAACCUCAUGGGAUAGUCGCGGAUCUUGGGGACCUGGCCCAUGGGGUGGUGAUGGAUUUAUGAAGGGGGAACAAUUGGCGCCUAUACACUUUGGUGAUGGACCUCCAUGGAGUGAAGAUGAGGAUCUACAAAGUCCGGUGGUGGUUAGUUCACGCCACAGGAAGCACAAAUCGUCAGUAGGAGAAUAUGGGGCACAUUCGCGUGGGAGAGGGAGAGCGCCCAGGGAUGGAGAGCGCAGAACAAGCAUGCUAAGUCAAGAGAACUUUGAGGACGACGGAGGAUAUUUCGCCGGUAACAGUGGUGAGAAUAGCGAAAGAUAUUAUGUCAAUCAAGGAGAUGAGGCAAAUGGACCUGGUGGAGAAUAUGUGGCAUACCCCUCGGAGUUGGCAAGACGCUCAAUGCUAGCGCCAUAUAAUGUUCCAGGUCAACGAGAUUCUCACUUCGCUGCCCUUUUACCUAGUCGCUCAUAUACAGACGAGAGUGGCCAAGAUUACCGCUCGGAGUCUGAUGCUUCGAGUACUGCAUCAUCGCCUGGCAUGACUAGACAUGAUGAAUCGAGAUAUUCUCGCGAUUAUCAGUUCACAAUUGCCUCGCCAGACGAAGAGAUGCAUGGUAAAGCCGUCGCAUUAUUUGACUUUGAACGAGAGAAUGAAAAUGAAUUGCCUUUGGUAGAGGGACAAGUGAUUUGGGUCUCAUAUCGACAUGGCCAAGGCUGGCUUGUCGCAGAAGAUCCCAAGACACAGGAAAGCGGUUUGGUUCCUGAAGAAUAUGUUAGACUACUGAGAGAUAUCCAAGGAGGCUUAAACAGUUUAACAGGACAAGUUGAGCUUGCUAGUCCUGUAGGAGGUGACUCAGGUACACCCACUCAAGCAGAACACAAUCAAGCAUUCGGGCACAAUCCAAGUUCAAGUAGUGGGAGCAAUGGAUAUCAACAACCUGUAGUAUCUACCUUCUCGACAUCCUCUCAAGAUUUACACCUAUAUCCUCAACAUCUUCUGGGAACACAGGCGGGCCAAGCUCCACCUCAAGUUAUACAUUAUCAUGGGCAACGAGGUGGCAGUCAAGCCAACACGCCAACUAUACCUAGCUCCCAUGAGGGUCUCAUAGAAAGACCUAGUAGUCAAGAAGCUAAAAAUGGGCAGCUUGAAGAGCAAUCGAGUAGUAAUACAGCACCUAUUGAAUCCACUCAUAUAGAUUCGGAAGUAAAGCUCUCGCCGUCAAUCCCCGGUCAAGAUCCCGAAAAACUCCUCCAUUCUUCUAAUAAUGAUACAACAAACGAAACACACGAAACUCCGGCUCGAUAACCCACCCAUACAUACAUUGGUCACGAGUGUUAUGAAUUAGUAGACGAGACGGAAUAUGAAUUUUUGGCGGAAUUCUUCGGAUAUGAUAGUGAUACCAGGUGAAUGGAUGGGAUGUGUGUGCCAUAUAUGAUACGUUAUUAUAUAAUUGAAUUGAAUCAAUUGGGAGAUGGGAUAAAAUUAUCUACACUAUCUAGGAAAGGGAGUGCAAAGGAAAAUGGACUUUCUCAUAUGUCUUAUCUCUGUAUGUGAUGCUAUGGUAGGAGUAGGAUGAAUUGGGAAAGGAAGGGAAGGGAAAUCAUAGGGGCUGGUGGGUUAGCAUGAUAUUUGAUGAUGGAUGAACGAACGAACCGAUGGAUGGAUGGGGUUUAAUGAUGCAUUUUUUGAUAGGAAGAAUUAUGCUGUAACGUUUUUAUGUGUUCA